GGGGGAAAAGUGGGAGGAGCAGGAGGGGGCUUCCCAGGCGUAUUUCUUUGGCAGGGUGGUGGUCUUAGGAGUCAUUCAGUCUCCUCACAGUUUCAGUCUGUUCCUGGCUUUCCAGCUCACGACCAAGCCUUAGGAUGCCUGAACCUGCAAAGAAACCAGCUUCAGCUUUCAUCAAGAAACCAAAGACAGCAGACGUGGUAGAAGGGGGUGUGGCUGUUUUUGAAGCAGAGACAGAGAAGACAGGUGUCAAGGUGAAGUGGCAGCGAAAUGGUGUAGAAAUUAUUGCAGAUGAGAAGUAUGUCAUCAUGUCGGAGGGGAACAAGCACUCACUGACCAUUAAUAAUGUCAGAAAAGAAGAUGAUGUGACAUAUGCUGUCAUUGCUGGAAGUUCCAAAGUCAAAUUUGAACUCAAAGUCAAAGAACCAGAGAAGUUGGAAGAGGUCCCUCCUCCUGAAGUGACUUCUGAACCAACUGUCACAAACAUUUCCACAACUGCAGAUACUGGACCAACAGAUGGUAACAAGGGUUCAGAAGCUCUUCCUACAGAAACCCAACAAAAGGAGCCUGUGGAUCCUAUUGGUAUCUUCGUGUCUCGGCCACGGGAUGGAGAAGUGACUACUGGUGGGAACAUUACAUUUACUGCUGUAGUGGCAGGUGAAAGCCUACUGAAGAAACCUUCAGUUAAAUGGUUCAAGGGAAAGUGGAUGGACCUGGGAAGCAAAGUAGGAAAACAUCUCCAGCUUCAUGAGACGUAUGACCGAAACAACAAGGUUUAUGUGUUUGAAAUGAACAUUAUUGAGGCUAAACCAACCUACGCAGGGGGAUACAGAUGCGAAGUGGCUACUAAGGACAAAUUCGAUAGUUGUAAUUUUAGCCUUGUUGUCCAUGAGGCACCUGCACCAGGUGAUUUAGACAUCCGCACAGGAUUCCGACGAGCGAGUACGGCAGGAGGCGGGAGACGGAUGACUUCAGCCUUCUCCAGUGUGGAUGGACAUGAAGAAGGCAAAGAGCUGGAUUUCAGUGCCUUGUUGAAAAAGAGAGACAGUUUCUUGCGCUCGGUCAAUCGAAAUGAAGCAAAAACGGAAUCACAGCCAGAAAUUGAUGUCUGGGAAAUUCUUCGGAAUGCUCCUCCAUCAGAGUAUGAGAAGAUUGCUUUCCAGUAUGGCAUCACUGAUCUGCGAGGGAUGUUGAAACGUCUUAAGCGCAUGAAGAAGGAGGAAAAGAAAAGCACAUCCUUUCUCAAGAGACUCGAACCUGCUUACCAGAUUGACAAAGGACAGAAGAUCAAGUUAAUGGUGGAACUUGCUAAACCAGAUGAUGAAGUGAAAUGGCUAAAGAAUGGACAAGAAAUCCAAGUGAGCGGCAGCAAAUACAUUUUUGAGGCCCUUGGAAAUAAAAGGAUUCUGACCAUCAACCACUGCUCACUGGCAGACGAUGCAACGUAUCAAUGUGUGGUUGGUGAAGAGAAGAGUUUUACAGAACUGUUUGUAAGAGAGCCUCCCAUUCUGAUUACUCAUUCUCUGGAAGACCAGGUGGUAACAGUUGGUGAAAGAGUGGAGUUUGUAGCUGAAGUGACUGAAGAAGGGGCUGCUGUGAAGUGGGAGAAAGAUGGAGUAGAGCUCACUCGGGAAGAGGCAUUCAAAUACCGCUUCAAAACAGAUGGAAAAAAGCAUUACCUCAUCAUAAAUGAAUCCACCAAGGAAGAUAAUGGGCACUACAAGCUGAAGACAAAUGGUGGCGAGUCUGUUGCUGAACUGAUUGUACAAGAGAAGAAGCUGGAGGUGUACCAAAGUAUUGCAGACCUAACAGUGAAGGCACGGGACCAGGCUGUGUUCAAGUGUGAGGUUUCAGAUGAGAACGUGAAAGGCAUCUGGCUGAAAAAUGGGAAGGAGGUGAUCCCAGAUGAGCGGAUUAAGAUCUCUCAUAUUGGCAGAAUACAUAAAUUGACCAUUGAUGAUGUAACCCCAGAAGACGAAGCUGAUUAUUCCUUUGUACCUGAAGGAUUUGCAUACAAUCUCUCAGCACAUCUUCGUUUUUUAGAAAUUAAGAUUGACUUCGUGCCUAGGCAAGAACCACCCAAAAUCCACCUGGACUGCAUGGGCCAGACUCCUGACACCAUUAUUGUGGUGGCAGGAAACAAGCUGAGACUUGAUGUACCCAUAUCAGGAGAUCCAGUGCCCACCGUGAUCUGGCAGAAAGUAAGCAAGAACAAGGAGCUGGUGCUAAUGAAUGACAAAUCCAAAUCUACAGAACCUGCAGACAUGUGUGGAGCCUCGAGUAAUGAGAACCAGCAAAUUGCAGAUUCGGAAGGCAGAGUCCGUGUGGAGAAGUAUGCAGAUCACUGUGUGUUCAUUAUUGAAGGUGCUGAGAAGGAAGAUGAGGGUGUCUAUAGGGUUACAGUAAAGAAUCCAGCAGGAGAAGAUACAGCUGAUAUCACUGUGAAGGUUAUCGAUGUACCUGACCCACCUGAAGCUCCCAAAAUCACUGAGGUUGGUGAAGAUAACUGCACAGUGCAGUGGCAACCUCCUCAGUAUGAUGGAGGACAACCAGUACUGGGAUACAUUUUAGAAAGGAAAAAGAAGAAGAGCUACAGGUGGAUGAGGCUGAACUUUGACCUUCUGAAGGAUCUGACUUAUGAAGCAAAGAGAAUGAUUGAAGGAGUUGUUUAUGAGAUGAGGAUUUAUGCCGUGAACUCCGUUGGCAUGUCCCGGCCUAGCCCUGCCUCUCAGCCUUUUGUGCCCAUCGCUCCUCCAAGUGAGCCAACACACUUUACAGUAGAAGACAUUUCCGAUACGUCUGUUAGCUUGAAGUGGAGACCCCCAGAACGGAUUGGAGCAGGAGGACUGGAUGGGUACAACAUUGAGUACUGCAAAGAAGGAUCUACAGAAUGGAUUCCAGCUCUUCCUGACCUGACAGAGCGCACCUCAGUUCUGCUUAAAGAUCUGGUCACAGGCGACAGACUUUAUUUUCGCAUCAGUGCUGUAAACCUGGCCGGUACAAGUCCACCAGCAAUUAUCAAAGAGCUGAUUACUGUCCAAGAGAUCUUGCAACGUCCCAAAAUCUGGCUACCACGCAAUCUCAGACAGACUCUAAUGAAAAAAGUGGGUGAUACAAUCAACAUUGUAAUUCCUUUCCAGGGUAAACCUAGACCUAAAGUUAUCUGGACAAAGGAUGGCCAGCCAAUAGACUCCAAGGAGGUGGCAAUUCGAAACAGUAACAUGGACACAAUCCUGUUUAUCCGAAAGGCUGAGCGCCACCAUUCUGGAAUAUAUGAAGUGGAGGUGCAAAUAGAAAACAUGAGUGAUAAAGUGACUGUCACCAUGCAGAUCAUGGAUAAGCCGGGUCCUCCUCAGAAUGUGAAGAUCGUGGAUGUGUGGGGAUUCAAUGUGGCACUGGAAUGGAAGCCACCCCAAGAUGACGGCAAUGCCCAAAUCACCGGAUACACAGUACAGAAAGCAGACAAAAAAACAAUGGAGUGGUAUACCGUUUUUGAUCACUAUCGACGCACUAAUUGUGUUAUCUCAGAGUUAAUUAUGGGAAAUGAAUACUAUUUCCGUGUCUUCAGUGAAAAUCUGUGUGGACUGAGCGAAAUUGCUGCAACCACCAAAAACUCUGCCUUCAUUAAAAAGACAGGUACAGAUUAUAAACCCCCCAAUUACAAAGAGCACGACUUCUCUGAAGUGCCAAAAUUCACUCAUCCACUUGCAGAUCGUUCAGUGAUUGCUGGGUAUAAUGCUACACUCAGCUGUGCUGUACGAGGAAGCCCAAAGCCCAAAAUCUUCUGGUUCAAAAACAAAGUGGACCUUUCUGGUGAUGCCAAAUACCGCAUGUUCAGUAAGCAUGGAGUGUUGACUUUGGAAAUCCGAAAGCCCAGCCCAUUUGAUGGCGGCAUUUACACCUGUAAAGCUGUAAAUGAAUGUGGUGAAGCUGAAAUAGAGUGCCGACUAGAUGUUAGAGUGCCACAGUAGAAUGCUGAACUACAGGAUGUCAGUGAGUCCAGGUCAUUCUGCAGACAAGUUGGAAAGAAUGGAUAAAUGACAAUCUUACUUAAUCUAACUAUCUGCCUGUCUUUAAAGUGCCAUGACUAAAGUGUAGGCUGAGAAGCAGACAACACUGUGUUGUGAAGCAAGAUGCAGUAAUUUUGCAACACAAUAUUCUUUGCCCUGCUUGAUGGAAAAACUCUUGACAGAUACCCUGAUCUAGACCAUCACAUAUGCGUAUGAAUCUCUCUGAUGCAGGCUCCUCCUUUCAUCUCAACAGACAGCGAAAAUGCAUUUUUGCGCACAGAGCUUAGAAUCCAGGGGAACACUUAGGCAGGAAAGGUAACCCUUGACAUUACUGUUAGGAGUCACUUGACUGAGGGGAUACACUCCCUUGUAUCAGCACUAAAAUAGAGCUAGUAGACACACCGGCAUGUUUAAAGGCGAUACAUAAAACCUAGAAGAAAAAAGACUAAAAGGCACAAUCUCAUGAAAGCUUAGACAGAAGCAGCUCCCAACAUGCCCCCAGCCAGGGGGGCUUUUGCUUAAAAAUGCACAGGAAUGCACCCUAAGCCGGCUAUGCUAGACAGUUUCUAGGGAACAGGUUCCAUUGCACAGGGAGGGCUUGCUUCAGAAUAAUCACAGGAUCGCUAUCUAAAGUCAGUACCAAAAGCUUCCCAUGCGCCAGCAGAAGCAACCGCUAAAAUAAUGUGAAGAUAGCAUGUCCUAGAGCGGUCAGAAAUGAGCAGAAGCAAGUGCAGACAAAACACACCGGCAGAGCCACCAGGAGGCAGCUCCGAGGCUGCCUCCUUCCAGAAUGCAGCUUUUGCUAGUUUCUGUGGCUGCUGCAGGAAGUGCAAGCUUCCCGUUGCACUGCUGGCCAUUUGCACUAACACAGCCUAAUGAGCACUGGAUGCUGCUCUGUGACUGCAAUCCUGUACAUUCUUUCUUGGGAAAUAAGUGACCUCAGUGGGGCUUAUUUCUGAAUAAACAUGUAUAGAAUUGCAUUAUUAAGUGAUCAAUCCUAUUUUCCACUCACAAUCCCAUUUUGAGAGAUUCCAGUAGACAUACAAGUUGUUACAUGUAAGCCUUCUUUACUAGGUGUCCAACUGCUGUUCUGUAUUCUUCCCUUGACCCAAAAAAUAAAAAAUAAAAUAGUAAAGAUUCAAAUGUUAUUCUACGGAACCAUCAGAAAUUUUGGCAAAGUGUUGUGUCCCCAGCCUCUGCUUCCCAGUAUAUGAAAACAAAGAAUACACAGCUUCCUUUUAGAAACCAUCAUUAAGAAUUAUUGAAGUUUCAAAAAUGGCCCGCUUUCCAACCAUAAUUGUAUCAUUAUAAUCAUUGCUAUUGAAAUAGUUAUUGUUCAUUUAGCUGCAUUUAGUUAAACCUGAUUAUAGUGAGAUAAACUUCACAGUUUCUCUCACCAAGUCUCCAUCUCAGCCUGUAUUUGGGAGCUCUUCUCAUUAGCUGUCACUUUUUUUAACAGUAUUCUUGGUUUUGACAUAUGAAACAUAAAAUAGGGAAGUGGAACGUAGUAGUAUAGAGCAACUCAGUAGCCAUAGCCUGAAACAGGAACAUGCAAAACCAGAUCCUUGCCUUGCAUAAGCAAACAUUUUGACUCCAAGGGAUGGAAGCAGCUAUGUGUUAAGGGAUGCAUGCUAGAAUGGCUGUGACCCAACCUGACCGUGGGCGAAUCCUGGGCUGGCAGUGGCCAUGGGCAGUGCUGCCAAACCUCGUACCCCCCUCUCAUGUACAAGGACACACACAGAGAAGCACACAGCCUUUUCAUACAGCCACUGCUUCCCCCAAUCUCUGCACACAGUGCUAAGGCAUUGAGUGGCCUUCUUCCUUGCUGGUGCUCAGUGACCUGGCACUGGUGUAUGGAAAGUCACCAGCUUGACCCAGUAAGAACCAGGAAGUGGUUGGCAAGGAAGGCCACUGAUCUGUUGCUCUGGGGGGGGGAAUCAGCACCAGGGGGCAUGAGGAACAGUGGAUUUGUGGGGUGGCCAGGGCAUUGGUGAGCCGUGGGGAGACUUCCACAGGCCACCCAUCAACUGCAGGUUCUCCAUCUGUACAGUUUUCAAUAAAGACAUAUGAAAAUGUGCAA